AGGCCGUAGGCAGUUACUGAUUUGUAACGCUCUCUUUUCCCUCUCCGUUUUUUGUCUUCUCCAUCUCUCUCAACUAAUUAAUUCUUUUUCUCUCUCACUAAUUUCUCAGCUCCAUGGAGACUUGAUAACUGAUUAUACACACACAAUUCACACACACACAAACAUAAAUAGAGAGAGAGAGUUAGAGAAAGAAGAGGAGUACGAUACCAUGGCGUUGAAGAAAAACCUGUCUCUGUUUUCUUUGGUGCUGCUGCUGCUUCUUGCUGGAGCUCUGGCUCGACUUCACAAAAAUCAAACGCACAACUUGAGUGUUGGUGAGAAAGAAAAGUUGCAGAGGUCGCAGAACUUAACAAUGGCGGACGAGUCGAAUGGGAGUAAUGAAAAGGCUUUGAAUGAGCAUGCGGUGGAUGAUCCUGAUGAAGUUGCGAGAAUCGUACAAAUGGCAAUUAGCAGCAACAGCACAGAGCAUCGUCGAGGCCGCGACCUAGGAUUCCUCUCUUGCUCGACCGGCAACCCAAUCGACGACUGCUGGCGCUGCGACUCCAACUGGCAGCGCAACCGCAAGCGCCUCGCGGACUGCGGCAUCGGCUUCGGCCGCGGCGCCAUCGGCGGCCGCGACGGCCGCUUCUACGUGGUGACCGACCCCACCGACCACGACCCCGUCAACCCCCGCCCCGGCACCCUCCGCCACGCCGCCAUCCAAGACGAGCCCCUCUGGAUCGUCUUCAAGCGCGACAUGACCAUCACCCUCGAGCAGGAACUCAUCGUCAACAGCUUCAAGACCAUCGACGCGCGCGGCGCCAACGUCCACAUCGCCAACGGCGCCUGCAUCACCGUGCAGUUCGUCACCAACGUCAUCAUCCACGGCCUCCACAUCCACGACUGCAAGCCCACGGGAAAUGCCAUGGUCCGAAGCUCACCGAGCCAUUACGGGUGGAGGACGAUGGCGGAUGGGGACGGGAUCUCGAUUUUCGGGUCGAGCCAUAUUUGGGUCGACCACAACUCGCUCUCGAAUUGCGCGGACGGGCUCGUGGAUGCGGUCAUGGGCUCCACGGCCAUCACCAUCUCAAAUAACUACUUCACGCACCACAACGAGGUUAUGCUGUUGGGUCAUAGCGAUAGUUACAUGAGGGAUAAGCAGAUGCAGGUGACGAUUGCGUUCAAUCAUUUCGGAGAGGGGCUCAUUCAGAGGAUGCCGAGGUGUAGGCACGGAUACUUUCAUGUUGUUAAUAAUGACUACACGCACUGGGAGAUGUACGCCAUUGGAGGGAGUGCCGAACCAACCAUCAAUAGCCAGGGGAAUAGAUAUCUUGCUCCACUCAAUCCUUUUGCCAAGGAGGUGACAAAGAGAGUUGACACGCCCGACAACCAGUGGAAGGGAUGGAAUUGGAGGUCCGAGGGUGAUCUCUUGCUCAACGGUGCUUAUUUCACGUCUUCCGGAGCUGGGGCUGCAGCAAGUUACGCUAGAGCCUCAAGUCUAGGAGCAAAGCCCUCUUCCAUGGUUGCAUCUAUUACUUCUGGAGCUGGGGCCCUCCCUUGCCGUAGGGGCCGUCGCUGCUAACAGCAACAACAACAACAAAAACACCUCUUGAGCCUUCUUUCUUUCUUUUACAUUUUUUUCUUUUUUAGUUUUUCUUUUUUCUCUUUCCCCUGCUACUCUUAGUUUACUGGCUGCUACUGCUGUAGUCUAUAUAAGGAUUUGUCUCAUACCCCAUUUUACAUCUACUGUUGUUUGCUAGUUGUCCUACCUUUCCCCUUCAGUUCACAUUGACAAGUGUACAUUUUUUACACAUGUCUAAUAUUCUCCAAAUUGCAAAUCAGGAACAGGGUACAGAUGGCAUUGUUCAAAUACUACUCCCCCCCACAUUGGCCCUUGUUCCCAGUUUAUAGGAAUUAAGUGAUAUUGUAAUUUUCUUUCUGCUUAUUUCCUCGACUAAUACAAGCUAUAUAGUGUGAAAGUCAACAACUUUUGUUGAGUUAUGAUGAAGAAAGUGAACUUCUGUGAUAGAUGAUGCACAGUAGCAAGGCUUGAUAUCAUUGCCUUCCCCUUUUUACGUUUUCUUUGUCUCUUUGGCGUUUAUCAUUGAAAUAGCAAUCUCUGUUGGGUUUUUUGAAUCAUACUUUCUUUGUUCAUAAUAUAAUUAUUACAUGUGUUAGAACAUGUCCCCAACUUCAUCUCUUUUUUGGGUGUC